AUGAUCCAAAGGGUUUCUAUAAAUAGUCUGUGGGCCGAGAAGGGACAGGAGACGGGGAUCGGCAGCCUGUCUGGGAGUGAGUCUGCAGCCUGUCUGUGGGUCUGCGGCCUGUCUGUGGGUCUGCGGCCUGUCUGUGGGUCUGCGGCCUGUCUGUGGGUCUGCGGCCUGUCUGUGGGUCUGCGGCCUGUCUGCAGCCUGUCUGUGGGUCUGCGGCCUGUCUGUGGAUCUGCGGCCUGUCUGUGGGUCUGCGGCCUGUCUGUGGGUCUGCGGCCUGUCUGUGGAUCUGCGGCCUGUCUGUGGGUCUGCAGCCUGUCUGUAGGUCUGCAGCCUGUCUGUGGGUCUGCGGCCUGUCUGUGGAUCUGCGGCCUGUCUGUGGGAGUCAGUCUGCAGCCUGUCUGUGGGGCUGCAGCCUGUCUGUGGGUCUGCGGCCUGUCUGUGGAUCUGCGGCCUGUCUGUGGGAGUCAGUCUGCAGCCUGUCUGUGGAUCUGCGGCCUGUCUGUGGGUCUGCGGCCUGUCUGUGGGUCUGCGGCCUGUCUGUGGAUCUGCGGCCUGUCUGUGGGUCUGCGGCCUGUCUGUGGAUCUGCGGCCUGUCUGUGGGUCUGCAGCCUGUCUGUAGGUCUGCAGACUGUCUGUGGGUCUGCGGCCUGUCUGUGGAUCUGCGGCCUGUCUGUGGGUCUGCGGCCUGUCUGUGGGUCUGCGGCCUGUCUGUGGAUCUGCGGCCUGUCUGUGGGUCUGCAGCCUGUCUGUAGGUCUGCAGCCUGUCUGUGGGUCUGCGGCCUGUCUGUGGAUCUGCGGCCUGUCUGUGGGAGUCAGUCUGCAGCCUGUCUGUGGGGCUGCAGCCUGUCUGUGGGUCUGCGGCCUGUCUGUGGAUCUGCGGCCUGUCUGUGGGAGUCAGUCUGCAGCCUGUCUGUGGAUCUGCGGCCUGUCUGUGGGUCUGCAGCCUGUCUGUGGAUCUGCGGCCUGUCUGUGGGAGUCAGUCGGCAGCCUGUCUGUGGAUCUGCGGCCUGUCUGUGGGAGUCAGUCUGCAGCCUGUCUGUGGAUCUGCGGCCUGUCUGUGGGUCUGCAGCCUGUCUGUGGGUCUGCGGCCUGUCUGUGGGAGUCAGUCUGCAGCCUGUCUGUGGAUCUGCGGCCUGUCUGUGGAUCUGCGGCCUGUCUGGAGGAGUCAGUCUGCAGCCUGUCUGUGGAUCUGCAGCCUGUCUGUGGGUCUGCAGCCUGUCUGUGGGUCUGCGGCCUGUCUGUGGAUCUGCGGCCUGUCUGUGGGUCUGCAGCCUGUAUGUGGGUCUGCGGCCUGUCUGUGGAUCUGCGGCCUGUCUGUGGAUCUGCGGCCUGUCUGUGGGUCUGCAGCCUGUCUGUGGAUCUGCGGCCUGUCUGUGGGAGUGGGUCUGCAGCCUGUCUGUGGGUCUGCGGCCUGUCUGUGGAUCUGCGCCCUUUCUGUGGGAGUCAGUCUGCAGCCUGUCUGUGGAUCUGCGGCCUGUCUGUGGGAGUCAGUCUGCAGCCUGUCUGUGGAUCUGCGGCCUGUCUGUGGGUCUGCAGCCUGUCUGUGGGUCUGCAGCCUGUCUGUGGGUCUGCGGCGUGUCUGUGGAUCUGCGGCCUGUCUGUGGGAGUGGGUCUGCAGCCUGUUUGUGGAUCUGCGGCCUGUCUGUGGGAGUGGGUCUGCAGCCUGUUUGUGGAUCUGCGGCCUGUCUGUGGGAGUGGGUCUGCAGCCUGUCUGUGGGAGUCAGUCUGCAGCCUGUCUGUGGGUCUGCGGCCUGUCUGUGGAUCUGCAGCCUGUCUGUGGGUCUGCAGCCUGUCUGUGGGUCUGCAGCCUGUCUGUGGAUCUGCAGCCUGUCUGUGGGUCUGCAGCCUGUCUGUGGGUCUGCAGCCUGUCUGUGGGUCUGCAGCCUGUCUGUGGGUCUGCAGCCUGUCUGUGGGUCUGCAGCCUGUCUGUGGGUCUGUGGCCUGUGGGUCUCACUGUCCUGCCCGAGUCCUGCCCGAGUCCUGCCCGAGUCCUGCCCGAGUCCUGCCCGAGUCCUGCCCGAGUCCUGCCCGAGUCCUGCCCGAGUCCUGCCCGAGUCCUGCCCGAGUCCUGCCCGAGUCCUGCCCGAGUCCUGCCCGAGUCCAACCCCAUGGCCCCAGACUCAGUGGGUCCAGGCUCAGUGGGUCCAGACUCAGUGGGUCCAGACUCAGUGGGUCCAGGCUCAGUGGGUCCAGACUCAGUGGGUCCAGGCUCAGUGGGUCCAGGCUCAGUGGGUCCAGACUCAGUGGGUCCAGACUCAGUGGGUCCAGACUCAGUGGGUCCAGGCUCAGUGGGUCCAGACUCAGUGGGUCCAGACUCAGUGGGUCCAGGCUCAGUGGGUCCAGGCUCAGUGGGUCCUGGGUUGGGGACUGGGUGACUGUAGAUGGUACGGCUAA